CUGUGAAUGCUAUCUUAACCUCACAAAAAAAUAAAAACAAAGACGAAGCCCCUGCUGAAAUUUUUUUCGUUUCAAUUUCUAAAAAAAUUUAUUUAUGACGAUUUUCCAGGUAGGACGCAAAGUCCUUAAAUGUUGCAACAGUUUUGUAUUCCAGCAGAGACAAAUUUGCGUUACUACGUUCAAAUUUGUUGAAUGUUCAAGAUGUUUAGGAGAUGUUCAUUUAAAAUAUUCCACUUAUACAAAUAUAAGGAGUCAUCUGGCUAAAAGACCCUGUUUGUAUGAUCGUAAAAAUGUGACAAAGACAUACUGUACAGAUAAUAAAGUUAAUAUCAAUAUUGGCACUAUAGGUCAUGUUGAUCAUGGAAAGACUACCUUGACAGCAGCAAUAACUAAAGUCUUACAGAAAGAAGGCUUAGCCAGCUUCAUGUCAUAUGAUCAAAUCGAUAAAGCCCCUGAAGAAAAAGCAAGAGGAAUUACAAUAAAUGCUGCACAUAUUGGCUAUAGUACAAAGAAAAGACAUUAUGCCCAUACUGAUUGUCCUGGACAUGCAGAUUUCAUAAAAAAUAUGAUAUCUGGUGCUUCACAGAUGGAUGGAGCGAUCCUAGUUGUAGCAGCCGAUGAUGGUGAGAUGCCACAAACUAGAGAGCAUUUACUUUUAGCUAAGCAAGUUGGAAUAAGAAAAAUAAUAGUUUUUAUUAAUAAAGCUGAUUUAUCUGAUCAAGAAGGUUUAGAAUUAGUUGAAUUAGAGAUAAGAGAACUCCUCGAGAAAUAUGGUUUCGAUAGCGAUGGUCCUAUAAUCUAUGGAUCUGCUUUAAUGGCAUUAAAUGGAAAUGAUCAUGCAUAUGGGGAGAAAUCAAUCAGGAAAUUAUUGGACGUAAUCGAUAAUUAUAUACCGAACCCAGAAAGAGAUUUGAAAUCACCAUUUCAGUUACCUAUUGACAGUGCAUUCACCAUAAAAGGUCGAGGAACUGUUGUAGUAGGAACAAUCAAAAGAGGUGUUUUGAAGAAAAAUCAAGAAUGUGAAUUACUUGGUUUUGAUAGUCAAAUCAAAACAACCAUAGGAGACAUUCAGGUGUUCAAAGACAGUAUACCAGAGGCAAAAGCUGGAGAUCAUGUGGGUAUUCUAUUGAGAAAUGUGAAAUCAAAAGCAGUUUCCCGAGGCAUGGAGUUAGUAGCUAAAGGAAGUCAAAUUUUCACAAAUAGAUUCAAAGCUAACAUAUAUUUUCUUACACAUGAAGAAGGAGGUCGAUCCAAACCUAUUACUAGUAGAUAUAGUCAGCAGUUAUUCAGUAAUACUUGGAAUGCACCGUGCAGACUUGAUUUAGAAAAAGAUGUACAAAUGUUUAUGCCAGGAGAACAUGGACAUGUAUAUCUAACUCUCCAGUGGAAAAUGGUAAUGAUGGUUGGGCAACCAUUCACAAUUAGAGAAAAUAAUGUUACAGUUGCUACAGGUAUCAUAACUGAAAGCUUGGAACCAGUAUAUAUAAAAUCCACUUUGGGUAAGCUGGAGUUACCCAACUAAAUAUUAUUAUCUCCUGCAAUGUUAGGAAAUAUCUAAGGGAUUUUCUAUGAAGAUUCAAAUGUAAAUAAAAAAUAUUUAUAAAA